CCUUCAUUCUUUCUCUCAUUUCUCUCCCAGUUAGAUAAGAGAUCAGCUAGAUUCAUUGUCUAACAGGGUUUUUUUUAUUUUAUUUUAUUUAUUCAUUUGAAAGGCAGAGUUAGAGAGAGGUCUUCCAUCCGCUAGUUCACUCCUCAAAUGUCUACAAUGGCCAGGGCUGGGCUAGGCUGAAGCCAAGAGCCAGGAGCUUCUUCUGGAUCUCCCAUGUGGGUGCAGUGUCCCAAGCCCUUGGGCCACCUUUGCUGCUUUUCCAGGUGCAUUGGCAGGGAGCUGGGUCAGAAGUGGAGCAGCCAGGACUUAAACUGGCACCCACAUGGAUGUCAGCACUGCAAGCAGUGGCUUAACCCACUACACCACAGCGCCGACCCCUAACAUCUUCUCUCCUUAUCUCUAUCUCUUCAUGUUAAAUUUAAAAAAAAAAAAUUAAUUAAUUUAUUUAAGAGAGUGACAGAGAGAGAGGGAGAGAGGGAGACCAGAGAGAUGGAGCUUCCAUUCACUGAUUCACUCUCCCAAUCACUUAACAGCUGUGGCUGGGCCAGGCCAAAGGCAGGAGUCAGGAACUCCACCUGGGUCUCCCACAUAGUGGCAGGGACCCAGAUAUUUGGGGCAUCACCUACCUGUUGCCUCCCAGGUGGGCAUCAGAAGGAAGCUGGAUUGGAAGUGUGGAGUAGCUGGGACUUGAACCAAGCACUCUCAUAGAGAAUACAGGUUUCCCAAGUGGCAGCUUAAUCUUCUGUGCUACAGUGUCCACCCCUUCAUCUUUUGCUUCUGUUCUCUGGGAUACUAUCUUAACUUUAGCAUGUAUUGGGUUUUAAAAGUUUUAAUUUCCAGGACCUGUGUUUUACUCAACAGAGGUUCUUUUUUCAACAACAUCCUCUUUUUAAAAAAAAAUGAAAAGUCAAUGUAUUUUUAUGUAUUUGAAAGGCAGAGAGAGAGAGAGAGAGAGAGAGAGAGAGAGAUCUCCCAUCUGCUGAUCCACUCCUCAGAUGACUGCAACAGCUGUGGCUGGGCCAGGCUGAAGCUGGGAACUGGGAAGUUAAUCCUGGUCUUCCACAUGGGUGGCAAGGACCCAAGUACUUAAGCCAUCACCUGCUGCCUCCCAGUAUGUGAAUCAACAGGUAGCUGGAAUUGGGACAGAAAUGGAGCUGGGGUUCAACCCAGGCCCUCCGAUAUGGGAUGUGGGCGUCCCAAGUGGCAUGUUAACCACUAGGCUACACCCUGGCCCCUCUUUUUUAAUGAACAGAAUAGCCUUUCAUACUUUUCCGUGGCUACAAAUGGAACUUUCUUCUGUUCCAUUUUCCUGUCUCCUCUAUGGUUAUGUUUAUGUUUACUUGUUUUCAUCUUGAGGACUUUCUUUGAAUACCUGGUGAUCCUGUUUCUCACCUGUGCGUAUUUCAGAACAAGGUACGACAAAUGGUGGCUGCAUGAGGCUUGUUAAUUGCUUGGCUUUGUUGAGGUGGAUCACGUGGAGAGCCCCCACGAGACCCCUAAAGCCAGGACAUGUGGACCCCUGAGUUUCCCCAGAAACAGCCUCUGACCUCUGGCGGUGGGGCUCUCCUGGCCGUACCCUUCUGUGUGGGGGUGUGGAGAAGGAGGAGAGCCACUGUUAGGGAACAGACUCCCUGGUCUUGCGUUUCUGCCACUGUUUAUUCUGCCUGGGGUCUCGCAGGGCAGCAGCUAGCUUUCCUCUUAUUUGCAUAUUUGCCUUUGUGCACGGUUAGGCUGGGGUUUUCUCCUACGUGCUUCUCCAACUCCCUCCACAGCUUCCCAUCUUCCAGAACCCACUGCUAACUCUCACUCUCCAGCGGCUCCUCUCCCACGCUUGGUUGUCAAGGGCUUGUGUUUAUUUUCUUCAUUCCCUUUCACUUUGAUAAAAUCUCUCAGGGGGAAGGAGAUAAAUAUGGGAGGUCAACCUUUCAACUGGAGUCAGUCGUAAUACCAUUUGUAAAUGUGGCUGGUGCUCUCUCUCUCUCACUGCAUGAGACCCAGGACCCUGUGGUCAGCGGAAGAGCAGGGAAGAGCCUGGGGACUCAAUGCGAACAGGUCAGCCUGUGCUUUUCUGGGAGGGAUCAGCUGCUUUGUCCUUACCCAGAAACCAUGCAGUGUUAUUUACUGGGUUUGCUGUUCCACUGAGGCAAGCAACCGCUCUUCUCUGGCCUUCCUCCUCUUGGUUUAGGGCGUGGAAUGCCUCCCCUAUGCUCUGGGAAGGCACCGUCUCCCCAAAGAGUGUCCCAUGCUGUGCCCUGUGCAUCAGGCAGUGUUGGUGAGAAGCCACGGGUCAGCCCUCGGGGAACUCAUGUGCUCACAAACUCAGUGGUCUUGGAGCCUGGGAAACAAAAAACGAUUCAAAGGUGAUCUUCCUGCCACUCAAAAGCUAAUUAUUGGAGCCGAUGUUGUGAUGCAGCAGGUUGAGCUGUCGCCUGGGAUACCAUCAUCCCAUGUGGGUGCUGGUUUGUUUCUCAGCUGCUCCACUUCAGAUCCAGCUUCCUGCUAAUGGCCUGGGAAAAGCAGUGGAAGAUGGCCCAAGUGUUUGGGCCUCUGCCACCUACAUGGGAGACCUGGAUGAGGUUCUUGGCUCCUGGCUUUGGCCAGGCCAAGCCCCGGCCAUUGUGGCAUCUGGGGGAUGAACCAGCAAACGGAAGAUCUCUCUUUUUCUCUCUCUUUGUGUGUGUGUGUGUGUGUGUAUCUCCUUUUCUCCCUGUAAAAACUGACUUUCAAAUACAUAAACAAAUCUUAAAAAAAAAAACACUAAUUAUUAAGCACACUUUCUGGCACAGUGAGUUGAGCUGCUGCUUGGGACAUCCAUAUCCCUUACUGGAGUGCUGGUUCAGUCUUGGCGGCUCUGCUUCCAAUCCAGGUCCCUACUAAUGCACCUGGGAAGAGGCAGAUGAUAAAUCAGAUUCUGGGGCCUCUACCACCUAUGUGGGAGACUGGCUCCUGGCUUUGUCCGGGCCCAGCCCUGGCUAUUGGGGAGUAUUUGGAAACCAUGCCAAACACAGGCCCUGUGACUCUUUAGGGCCCUACCAAGUCUUUCAGUUUACAAACUGGGUGCUGGGUGCCUAAGUAGUCAUUAUCAGGGUGGCUGGGAGUCUCAGGGAAACAUCCCCCAGAGGGCCCUGCAAGGAACGUAGCCCUCAGAUGAGCUCAGCCAGUACCUGGGCCAGCAUCCCUCAGUUCUGUUUUUGGGUGAAAACGACUACUGACUAAGGGUCCAGGUGGUGAGGGGACCUGAAAAUUCACUAUACAAGUGUGUGUUUUGGGGGCCGACUUUGUUGGGUAGUGGGUAAAGCUGCCGCCUGCGAUGCUGGCAUCCCAUAUGGGUACCGGUUCGAGUCCUGGCUGCUCUACUUCUGAUCCAGCUCCUUGCUAAUAUACCUGGGAAAGCAGUAGAAGAUGGUCCAAGUGCUUGGGUCCCUGACCCACAUGGGAGACCUGGAAGAAGCUCCUGGCUCCUGGCUUUUGCCUGGCCUAGCCCUGUCCAUUGUGGCCAUUUGGGGAGUGAACCUACGGAUGGAAGACUUCUCCCUCUCUUUCUCUGUCUCUCUCUGACUACCCCCCACCCCUGUAACUUUGUCUUUCAAAUAAAUAAAAUAAAUCUUAAAAAAAAAAAUGUGUGUGUUGGGCAUCAGCAAAGCAGGGGCCCUGAAAUUUGUAAUUCGCAGAAACAUCAGCAUUUUCAUUAUGGCUCAAGUCAGAACUUGGUCGAAUGGUGUCACCUUUCUUUCUAUUUUGGUCUUGCUUUUUACUGGCGAUCUGAGAUGUCUGGGGCAGGUGAGACCCCAUCUGCUCAGUGCUUUGGGUCUUCAAAGGUCUUACUCUGCCCUGGGGUCCCUAAGGCCCCUGGUGAUGUUCAGCUGACACAUUUGUUACCUAAGUGACCCUUGUUCUAGCUCCAUGAGCCCCUGCCCUCCCUGAGCAGAUUCUUAAAAUAUUUGCCCAUCAGCAGCCUCUCAGGGAGGAAUGUCAAAUGCUGCCAUGAUGUCAGAGGGGCCCUAGGGAGAAGGGCCUGGGCCAAACUCGGCUGUCACUCAUGGCUGUGGCAGAGUGGGAGAUAAGCACAGCAAAGACACAGGGAGAACCCGGUCUCCUGGGCUCCCCAAACAAGCCCAGAGGUCCGUGUGCGUUGGUGCUGUGGGGCCAGGCCGCGAGCUACCUAGGACAAUGAGCUUCCAGACACUACGGCCUGUGUGAAAACCAGAAGCCCGGGGCUCCUCCAUUUCCUUGCCCUUGCCCUGGUCAAGCCUGCAUUAGGAUGUCAGGGGCCUCCCAGGAGAGUCUGGGGCCCCGGGAACUGCCGGUGUUGGGCAAGGCCUGCUUAACCACCAUGGACAGAAAGCUUAACAUGUUGAAUGAGAAGGUGGACAAACUCUUGCAUUUCCAAGAAGACGUCACAGAGAAACUGCAGUGCGUAUGCCAAGGCAUGGGCCACCUGGAGCAAGGGCUGAACAGGCUGGAGGCCUCCCGGCUGCUCGGCCCAGUGGGGGCCGACAGUGCCCUUCCGGCUGACACUCAGGCUGGGUGGCCUGAGGUCCUGGAGGUGGUGAGGGCCGUGCAGCAGGAGGCCACCCAGCACGGCGCCAGGCUUGAAGCCCUCUUCAGGAUGGUGGUGGCUGUGGACAGGGCCAUCGCUUUGGUGGGGGCCACGUUCCAGAACUCGAAAGUGGUGGAUUUCAUCAUGCAAGGGAGCGUGCCUUGGAGGAAAGGUGGCAUGGCUGACUCCGAGGAGAGCAAAGAGCGAGUUGAAGAGAAGGGAGCAAAACCCAAGCAUGCGUUAAGCACCAGAGGUGUACAAGCCGACAUCAGGGGCCCCUGGGAAGAGAGCCAGAAGGCUGAGCUGCCAGAGGGGACAGUGGAGAGAUUGCACCCCGUCAGCGCCUCAGGGAUGGGAGCUGGCUUCCUCACACAGGCGGGGGCCUCACCAGGGCAGGGAGAUGGAGUUCCUGGCUCAGGCCAGGUGCCCCCUGAUCACCUGCAGCUGCCCACAGACACAGAAGCCAAAGCUCCCACGACAUCCAGCGAGAACCCCAGGACUGACCCGGAACUGGCUGUGGCACCCGACAGGAUCAGUGAAGUUCCUGCCAGCCAGGAGGCUGCUCCAAGUGCUGGGCGAGGAACAUCGCCCAGCAAACCUGGGCCACAGCCCUCAGAGGAGCCCAUGAAGCUGACUUCAGGGUCCAGGCCCCAGCCCUCAGGGCUCCCAGGGCUCCCAGCUGUGGUCAGGACAGCUCCCAGUGGUGGAGAAACAUCUCCAAGGAUCUCCAUCCACGUGCAAGAGAUGGAUACUCCUGGGGAACUGCUUGUGACCCGAGGGGGCAGCCCCAGAUCCACACCCCCUGCAGAGGCUGCAGCGGCUGCCCCUGCAGGUGAGCAGGACCCACUCGGGCCCAGGUGCUGCCCCCAAGACCCUGGGACUCAGUCAGGAGAACAGACCCUCAGAGGAGCCAGAGAGCUUCCCUCACUGCAGGAGAGGAGCAGCAACGAGGCUGCAAAAGCAGAGGAGGAGCAAGGGCCUGGGGCCGAGGCGGCCAUGGCGCCACACUCAGCCAGCAGGGACACAGGAGACAACGCUGCUGGGGACCCGGGCCUGCUGCAGGACAAAGGCCCAGGAGCAGGACACCCUGACCCCAGGAUGGACUGCACAGCCGGGGCCUCUGGGAAAGGCGAAGCAGAAGGGAGGACGCCCCCCGGUGCUGAGGCUGGCGGCGUGAUUCUGGAUGACAGUCCAGCCCCGCCUGCCCCUUUUGAACACCGGGUGGUGAGCGUCAAGGAGACGUCGAUCUCAGCGGGUUACACAGUGCGCCAGCAUGAAGUGUUGGGCGGGGGCCGAUUUGGCCAGGUCCACAGGUGCACAGAGAAGUCCACGGGUCUUUCACUGGCAGCCAAGAUCAUCAAAGUGAAGAGUGCCAAGGACCGGGAGGAUGUGAAGAAUGAGGUUAACAUCAUGAACCAGCUCAGCCACGUGAACCUGAUCCAGCUCUACGAUGCCUUCGAGAGCAAGCACAGCUGCACACUGGUCAUGGAGUAUGUGGACGGAGGUGAACUCUUCGACCGGAUCACGGAUGAGAAGUACCACCUGACGGAGCUGGACGUGGUCUUAUUCACCAAGCAGAUCUGUGAGGGGGUGCAUUACCUCCACCAGCACUACAUCCUGCACCUGGACCUCAAGCCAGAGAACAUACUGUGUGUCAAUCAGACAGGACAUCAAAUUAAGAUCAUUGACUUUGGCCUGGCCAGAAGGUACAAGCCUCGGGAAAAGCUGAAGGUGAACUUCGGUACUCCGGAAUUCCUGGCCCCGGAAGUUGUCAACUACGAGUUUGUCUCCUUCCCCACGGACAUGUGGAGCGUGGGCGUCAUCACCUACAUGCUACUCAGUGGCUUGUCCCCGUUUCUAGGGGAAACAGAUGCAGAGACCAUGAAUUUCAUUGUGAACUGCAGCUGGGAUUUCGACGCUGAGACCUUUGAAGGGCUGUCGGAGGAGGCCAAGGACUUUGUUUCCCGGCUGCUGGUCAAAGAGAAGAGCUGCAGAAUGAGUGCCACACAGUGCCUGAAACAUGAGUGGCUCAAUCAUUUGCCUGCCAAAGCUUCCAAAUUCAAAGUUCGUCUCAAAUCCCAACUACUGCUGCAGAAGUACACGGCCCAGAGAAAAUGGAAGAAACAUUUCUACGUGGUGACUGCUGCCAACAGGCUAAGGAAAUUUCCAACGUGUCCCUAAUCUUCAACUCAGAUGCUCCAACAGGCCUAGAAAUUAUCGAGGGCAGUGGUGAAGUGAAGAGAUGACUUUACAUAAUCGGGCUUAAAUAUUGAUUCCACUUAUUUUGUAAAACAGAUUAUGACUGUGGCCUUCGUUGCAGAUAGAAAGUGGCUGUAAGGAAUGCACGCUGAGGGCUUUGGUUCUCCCUUGUAAGAGCCCUAAGUUUGAAAUGCUGUGUUUACUUUCCAAGUACACCUAUUUUUGGUGAUAAGUAGGCAUGCUUUAGAUAGGUAGGAAAGUGGAGUUUAAAUUAUAAACUUACUGUGAUUAAAGAACUUAGCAGGCUUUUCUGCAGGGGCACGCUAUUCAGUAUUAUCUCUUCCAGCACAAGGAAGUCCUAGAAUUUCGAUUUGCUUAGGUGUGAACUGACAUUUGCUUGUAUUACCCUGCCCUAGUGUCAACCAUUGUGGAUUUAGGACAGUGAUCCUUGAACUUGUUUAACUUAGGCUCCCUUUUGAGAAUCAGCAUCAAUGUGCAUCCUUUAAUAUUGUUUCACAUUUCAAAAUAUAUCCACUCUAAAUGUGAGCAAUUAGAAUUAAAGGAAAAUUUUAAACUCUAUGUGCACCUGCUGCCUCCAACCAAUUCUUCACCAUGAUGACUACCCCCCCCCCCCCCGCCUUCUUGGUCACGAGCUUCCGGUCUUGCAUGUUGUUGGGUGUGGGCCCAAAUAAAAGUCAUGUCCACACUUUUAUCCAGCAAUUCCAUUUCUGGAAAUGUACCCCUCAGUACUUGGACAAGUAUAGAGAUUUAUGCAAAAUGAUGUUUCCUAUAGCACUAUUGCUAAUGGCCCAGCAGAAAUAAUCAACAUGUGCCUGUCAGCUUGGGCUUAGUUAAAUUAAUUUUGUUACAUCCAUGUAGUAGAAUACCUUGCAGUGGUUAAAGAUAGAUCCAGAUUUUGAAGGGCAUUUUUUCAUUAUCAAAAUGAUAGAACAUAUAUGUGGUAUCAUCCCAUCUGUGCAGAAACAUAUGCUUCCAUGUACAUUAAAAAUUCUAGGAUAUGCAGAAGAACAGUGGGGUAUAAAAAGUGGGUGACUGGGAGAGAAAGAAAACCACUUUUCACUUCAUAACUUUCUGAACCAUUUGAAUAUUUUGUUUCUUUUUUAAAUGAGCAUGUACUGCUUUUAUAAUUAAAAAUUAGCAACUCAG